AUGUCUCCUGCUCUGCCGACAUUAGAGAUUUUGGACGCUGAAAAGCCAACAGUCGAGAUGCUGUCUUCGUCGCUCUCGCUGAAGCAUUCCAACGGCACCCCCACAGACAGACCAGGGCAGCGUGGUAAUGUCCUUUCCCACUACACUGAGGUGGAAACAAUGAAGAUGGGCCGAGACUACGCUGCUGAACACGGCUUGGACGAGGACCUUUUCAGCCGUGCUGCUGCGUUGGCCAGAAACCCGGCCGAUUUCCAGGCCAUGGACUUCCUCUCACAAGACGAGAAGGAGCAGUUGAUGCUUGAGGUGACAAAAAAAUGGCACAUACCUCGGAAAUUGGUCGCUGUGAUUGCGUUGGGGUCCAUGGCUGCUGCAGUGCAGGGAAUGGACCAGUCGGUUAUCAACGGUGCCACAUUGUUCUAUCCGACUGCGUUUGGCAUCACUGAGAUGAAAAAUGCCGACUUGAUGGAGGGUUUGAUCAACGGCGCCCCCUACUUGUGCUGUUCCAUUGCCUGCUGGACGUCUCAUUGGUGGAACAGAGCCUUGGGACGCAAAUGGGUCAUUUUCUGGACCUGUCUCAUUUCGGCAGUAACUUGUUUAUGGCAAGGCUUCGUCAGCAUGCACUGGUACCACUUGUUCAUUGCUCGUUUCUGUAUGGGUCUUGGUGUUGGCGUCAAGUCGGCCACUGUGCCUGCUUACGCUGCUGAAACCACUCCUCACACGAUCCGUGGCUCCUUGGUGAUGCUCUGGCAGUUUUUCACCGCAGUCGGAAUUAUGUUCGGGUACGUUGCGUCUUUAGCAUUCUAUUACGUCCCUGACAAAGGAAUUGAGGGCGGUUUGAAUUGGAGAUUGACCUUGGGUUCUGCCGCCAUUCCUGCUUUCAUUGUCUUGUUCCAGGUGCCUGGUGUGCCUGAAUCUCCUCGUUGGCUCAUGGGUAAAGGAAGACACCAGGAAGCGUUCGACGCUCUUUCAAUUUUGAGACGUGAUCAGAUUGCCGCUGCCCGAGACUGUUUCUACCAGUACAUUUUGUUGAAGGAAGAAGCCUCUUACGAUGGUAUUCCUUACUACAGAAGACUCUGGGAGAUGUUCACCGUCAGAAGAAACAGGAACGGCGCUUUGGGUGCCUGGAUUGUCAUGUUCAUGCAACAAUUCUGUGGCAUCAACGUCAUUGCCUACUACUCAUCGUCGAUCUUCAUUGAGUCCAACUUGUCUGAAGUGAAGGCUAUGUUGGCUUCGUGGGGCUUUGGUAUGAUCAACUUUUUGUUUGCCAUCCCAGCCUUCUAUACCAUCGACACCUUUGGCCGACGUAACUUGUUGCUUACCACGUUCCCAUUGAUGUCCAUCUUCCUACUUGUUGCUGGUUUCAGUUUCUUGACUCCUGAUGAUAAUACGCAAGGAAAACUAGCUGGUGUGGCGACUGGGAUCUAUUUGUUUGCGGCGGUAUACUCUUCUGGCGAAGGUCCUGUUCCAUUCACGUACUCGGCAGAAGCGUUCCCAUUGUAUAUCCGUGAUUUGGGUAUGGGCUUUGCUACUGCUACAUGCUGGUUUUUCAACUUUAUGUUGGCCUUCACCUGGCCUCGUUUGAGAAACGCUUUUACAGUGACUGGUGCUUUUGGUUUUUACGCUGCUUGGAAUAUCGUUGGUUGGUUACUUGUACUACUUUUCUUACCAGAGACCAAAGGACUCACAUUGGAAGAGUUGGAUGCUGUCUUUGGAGUCUCCUUAAGAAAGCACGCUAUCUACCGUGCCAGGCAGGCAAUCUGGUACUUCAGGACUUGGAUUUUGAGAGAAAAGCUCGAGCCUAUGCCCGUGUUGUACGAGCAUCAGAAGCGUUACUACCAGGAGAAGAAUGUAAACUUGGAUCCUGUUAUCAGCAAGCAAAUCAGCAGAGAGCCAUUUUAA